CGCACCCCGCCCCGGCGCGAGAGGAGAGCGCGAGAGCCCGAGCCGCGGGCGGGCGGGCAGGCGGUGAAGAUGGCAGAGGCACCGGCCUCCCCGGCCCCGCUCUCUCCGCUCGAAGUGGAACUGGACCCGGAGUUCGAGCCCCAGAGCCGGCCGCGCUCCUGUACGUGGCCCCUGCAGAGGCCAGAGCUCCAGGGGAGCCCGGCCAAGCCCUCGGGGGAGACGGCCGCGGAUUCCAUGAUCCCCGAAGAGGAGGACGAUGAAGACGACGAGGACGGCAGCGGUAGGGCCGGCUCGGCCAUGGCGAUCGGCGGCGGCGGGAGCGGCUCGCUGGGCUCCGGGCUGCUCCUUGAAGACUCGGCCCGGCUGCUGGCUCCCGGAGGGCAGGACUCCGGGUCCCGGCCAGCCCCCGCGGCGGGCGCGCUGAGCGGGGGGACGCAGACGCCGCUGCAGCCUCACCAGCCACUGCCACCGCCGCAGCCGGGGGCGGCUGGGGGCUCCGGGCAGCCGAGGAAAUGCUCGUCGCGGCGGAACGCCUGGGGGAACCUGUCCUACGCCGACCUGAUCACUCGCGCUAUUGAGAGCUCCCCGGACAAACGUCUCACUCUGUCCCAGAUCUACGAGUGGAUGGUGCGCUGCGUGCCCUACUUCAAGGAUAAGGGCGACAGCAACAGCUCGGCCGGGUGGAAGAACUCUAUCCGGCACAACCUGUCACUGCACAGCCGUUUCAUGCGGGUUCAGAAUGAGGGGACUGGCAAGAGCUCUUGGUGGAUCAUCAAUCCUGAUGGAGGGAAAAGUGGGAAGGCACCCCGGCGGCGGGCUGUCUCCAUGGACAACAGCAACAAGUAUACCAAGAGUCGUGGCCGUGCAGCCAAGAAGAAGGCAGCCCUGCAGACAGCCCCUGAGUCAGCAGAUGACAGUCCCUCCCAGCUCUCCAAGUGGCCUGGAAGCCCCACAUCACGCAGCAGUGAUGAGCUGGAUACAUGGACGGACUUCCGCUCACGCACCAAUUCCAACGCCAGCACGGUCAGUGGUCGCCUGUCACCCAUCUUGGCAAGCACGGAAUUGGAUGACGUCCACGAUGAUGAUGCACCGCUCUCCCCCAUGCUCUACAGCAGCUCAACUAGCCUCUCACCCUCUGUAAGUAAGCCAUGCACCGUGGAGCUACCACGGCUGACCGACAUGGCAGGCACCAUGAAUCUGAAUGAUGGACUCUCUGACAACCUCAUGGAUGACCUGCUGGAUAACAUCACACUCCCAUCGUCCCAGCCAUCGCCCACUGGAGGGCUCAUGCAGCGGAGCUCUAGCUUCCCAUAUACCACCAAGGCCUCCGGCCUGGGCUCUCCAACCAGCUCCUUCAACAGCACGGUGUUUGGACCCUCAUCUCUGAAUUCCCUGCGCCAGUCUCCCAUGCAGACCAUCCAAGAGAACAAGCCAGCUACCUUCUCUUCCAUGUCACACUAUGGCAACCAGACACUCCAGGACCUGCUCACUUCAGACUCCCUCAGCCACAGCGAUGUCAUGAUGACCCAGUCGGACCCCUUGAUGUCUCAGGCCAGUACUGCUGUGUCUGCCCAGAACUCCCGCCGGAACGUGAUGCUUCGAAAUGACCCAAUGAUGUCCUUUGCCGCCCAGCCUAACCAGGGGAGUUUGGUCAAUCAGAACUUGCUCCACCACCAGCACCAAACCCAGGGCGCUCUCGGUGGCAGCCGUGCCUUGUCGAAUUCUGUCAGCAACAUGGGCUUGAGCGACUCCAGCAGCCUUGGGUCAGUCAAACACCAGCAACAAUCUCCUGUCAGCCAGUCUAUGCAAACCCUCUCGGACACUCUCUCAGGCUCCUCCUUGUACUCAGCUAGUGCAAACCUUCCCGUUGUGGGCCAUGAGAAGUUCCCCAGCGACUUGGACCUGGACAUGUUCAAUGGGAGCUUGGAGUGUGACAUGGAGUCCAUUAUCCGUAGUGAACUCAUGGAUGCCGAUGGGUUGGAUUUUAAUUUUGAUUCCCUCAUCUCCACACAGAAUGUUGUUGGUUUAAACGUGGGGAACUUCACUGGUGCUAAGCAGGCCUCAUCUCAGAGCUGGGUACCAGGCUGAAGGAUCACUGAGGAAAGGGGAAGUGGGCAAAGCAGACCCUCAAACUGACACAAGACCUACAGAGAAAACCCUUUGCCAAAUCUGCUCUCAGCAAGUGGACAGUGAUACCGUUUACAGCUUAACACCUUUGUGAAUCCCGCACCAUUUUCCUAACCCAGCAGAGACUGUUAAUGGCCCCUUACCCCGGGUGAAGCACUUACUCUUGGAACAGAACUCUAUAUAAUAAAGUAUGCAAAAUCUUUCUUGUACGGGGUGACGAGCCACCUGCCAGCAAAGGACAGCACCCUGCCAGCACCACCCACCCUUGUUCAGAGCACACCGUGAGCUCCUGUUGGCGAUUCUGUGGUGUAUUCAUAUCACAAUGGUUUAUGGGAUGUUUUAAGUGUUGUUUUUGUGUUUGUUUUCCUUUGACUCUCUGAAUUUUUCACAUGCAUUAUCUUGCAGUAUUUUUAUGUUAAAAUGUUAAUCAUCCUUCCCCUGGCAAAUUUAAAAACAGAAGGAAAAUGUUGUACCAAUUACUGUUCUGGCUUUGGGCAUCACAAGCAUUUGAGCCCUUGGAACUCCAUAAACUAACAAAUUACAUAAACCAGAGGGGGGAUUUUCGUUCUUCUUUUGUUUGGUAGAAAACUAUCCUUUUCUAAACACCGAGCAAUGGCACAGCUGUUUGCUGUGCACAGCAGUCCAGGACUGAGCCCCGCACGGCAAAAUAAGCCGAGUGUAGCCCUCCGCCCAGCGUGUUUUUAGUUCUGAGGGGCGGUCAGGGGGCGAGACCGCCGCACCUGGUCUGCAGUUGCCAGGUCAGUGGGGCCCCUGGUCUCCUGGUAGGAUCCUCAGCUAAUGCCGUGAACGGUGAGGGUAUGUUGGUUAGAAGUUAGGAUAUUUUUCAAGAAAGAAGUCAGCUCAGCUCCCCACUCGUUGCCAAACACCACUAGAGGAUUUAGUUUUAAGGAGAAAAGAAAAAGUAGUCCUGGUUUGCUUUGCAGCAGAAAUGAACUCACGGGUGAGCAUUAAGCCUGCAGUGAAGAAUGCACAAAAAGUACAAACCGGAGUCACUAUUUUCCUAAAAUACACACCCUUGAUUAUUUUCAGCCUUGCUGUGUAUAAUGACCUACUAGAUGUGUAUGAAUGGGAGGCAAUAGCAUACAAACUGAUUUAUACACACAUGCACACGCGCACACACACAUAUAUAUAUGUUUAGAUUGUAAUUGUACAAGUGACACAAUGAAAGUACAAGAUAGCGAGGUUUUGACUCCCCCCCAACUUUUCUGCUUCUAUGGAUUUCAUUUUGUUUUGUUUUCAAAAAGUUAUGGUGCUGUAUAGGUAGGUGCUUUCUGUUUAACCUGGAAUGUGUGAUGCUAUUAGUUGCCCUCUUUGGUAGACGGCGUAGUUGGGAACACCUUUGGUACAUAUGAAACUGGUGUAAUGAAGCUCUGAUUAGCACAGCAUAUGCAUACUUCUCCAAAGUGAUAUAUGAAGACUCUUUUCUUUGCAUAAAAGCAUUAGGCAUAUAAAUGUAUAAAUAAAUUUUAUCAUGUACAGUACAAAAAUGGAACAUUCUGCAUGGACGUUAGGAAUACAGGCUAGUAUUUCAGCACAGACCUCCCUGCAUGAGUUCUCGCUGACGCUUGCACCGUGCAGUGGGCACCGACUCCCUUCCACCAACACAGACGUGCCACCCGCCCCCCUGCACCCACCACCAGCCGCCAGGGGCCCCUUGAUGCACCUUUGCUUUAUAAUUCCUCUGGGGGUGAUACCGGUGGUGAUAACAGCUCCUAGCAUAAUGAAAAGUUCCAUUUGGUAUUGUCACACGUCUCUCCCGCCUCGCGUGGGUUGUCAUGUUUGAGUGAUGGCCCUAUUGAUUUCACCCUGCCUUUUACUGAAUCUGUAAAUUGUCGUGCAAUUGUGGUUAUAGUAGACUUGUAGCAAUAUCACCUUUUCUAAACUGCUACACGUUUGUAAUCUUCAUUUUAAAAGUAUGUAUAAUUUUUAAAAAUAUGUAUUCUAUUCACGUGGUCUGCUUAUCAGUGAGACAGACUUUUGCUUACUGUAUUCCUUUAUAAUAAUGACAGCCGCUUUCUUGAUUCCUUGGUAGUCUGCUAUACAAAAGAACUGUCGAGCAUCCGUGAAAGAAGGCUACCUCUCUGGGUUCCUAAGAGAUGCUGCCCUGGGUGGGGAUAUAGUUUAGAAGCAGCCGCAGCAGCUGUGGGGACGGAAAGGUAGGGGCAUAUCAGGGACAAGGAGAAUCAGAGGGCUUAUGGCAGGAGAGCCCAGAGAAUUUCUCUCCUGAACUCAAACUAACAAAAUAUCUAUUUGCCUUUGCAGUUUUAUAGACCCUGAUUGUUACCUUGGCAGUAAGAAGAGCAAUCCUCAAAUAUGUUUCAACUUUAAAACGUUGAAUCCCUUUCAGACAUGUGGCAUCUCAUUUAUUCUCCUUUAUUCUUGGUGUUUGUUAGAUUUCAGGCAGAAUGUCUGACAGAAUGUCCUAGGACCAGAUUAUAAUUUAAUCUAAAACAGCUAAGGGAGGGACAGAGGAGGCAGGAGAGCAGGGCAGCCACUGAACACAUCGGGAAUAUGGAGGGGGAAGCGGUGCUUUGAAUUUGUUGUGUGAUUUUCUUGUUUGUUUUUUAAUAAUGCAAAUAGCAUCUACGCAUAGAGCACUGUGGAGAGCUGAGAUCAGGUCGGAGUCCAGUGCCAGCAUGAGUUCUAGGCGGGAGUCCGGCCAGAGUGGAGCAGUUAAGGCCUCUCCAGGAUCCCAGCAGCACCACUGCUAGCCGUGGCCACUGCCAGCUGGGCCCCACCCAGAGGCAGGCUCCCAGAGACUCGCCAGGUUCUCAGGUGGUCAGACGGGGCAGAGAUGUGACCUAAGAUCUCCAUCUCUUAUACUGAGACUCUGCUUUCAGGAAGGCCCGACCGUGUGGAGUUCCGAGUGUCUGGGUCCUUCCCAGUAAGCUUUCUGAUCUGGAGCCUCUCAGUGGAAUACUCAGGAGGCUCUGGGGGCCCGGCAGCUCUAAUAUUUGCAUCCUGGUAAGAACCGUUCCAGGUUGUCCUCAGCCUCUAAGUAAGCUGCUUGAGGGAACCUCCACUUUUUGAUGGGAAAUUAGAAAGAAGAGUAACUAAUGUUGAAAACAUGACAUGCACUCUGGGGUUCUGUUCUCCCUUCAGGUCUCCAGAACCAGAUACCUUUUACCAAAGUCAGAAAAAGAGCUUUAUCAUAAGCCUUCACUGUCCUGGUGUGAGGACAGACUGCCAGGUUCAGCAUACCCAUUAACUGUGAAUGAAUCUUGAGGUAGAUUUCCUUUAUUGCAUUUCCUUCAGUGUAAUGAUUGCUGAAACACAUGUUUUCUAAAAAUUUCACAAGUUUGUCUUUCCUGCUAAUGAGAAGAUCAUGCACACACGUGUAGUAGGAGGUGGACUUUGUGUGUGUGUUUGGUGUUGAGUUCAGGUAUUGUGUGCGUGUGUCACUUCACCACCCUGAGGUCAGAUCCUCAUGACUCCUAGCUCAGGACAACUCUGCCCGGUCUCAGGGUGUCAUUUCAGGUGGCUUCUGAUCUUGUUAAAGAUGGUAGGGACAGACUUUGUCCAGUGGAUCCCACUUAAAAAAGAAGGAACAUUUGAAUCUCUUGGAAGACCAUCAAGAGUAAAGCAGCCGUUCAGCCAGUCCUAUUUUGUGUGCUCAUGCCAUGGGCUAGCAAAAGGAAAUACAAAUGUUAUGCUUUCUCACUGAAAGCAGAAGUAAACCCUGAUAGCUCUCUGAUUUCCUUUUUCUUGCUGUAGUUGGGGAACAUUGUAAAGAUUAGGCAUACUGUUCUAUUUUUUAAUUUAGCAAAGUUUUUUGUAGAAAUGCAAUCACUGGCAAAGAGGUACGAAAAAGCCAGCCUCUCCUGAAGACUGGGGGCAGUGGGCACGAUGAGGGUAAAGUGAAGCCCUUGUGAAAUCUUGUCUGCCAAACAAGAUGUUCACGCAGAUGCCCCAGUAACUGAAGAGUGUAUUCUAUUUGAUCUGAGUCUUCAGUGGAUAACCUUUUAUGCAGUUUAAAUGAAUGAAAUAUUUUCCUCUUUAGUUUUAUUUGUGUGUGCUUUUCUUUGAUGAAUGAUUGGUUCUGAGGCCUCUGCCACACUCCAGAAUUAUUUGUGUGGCUGCUUUAAAAACUGUAUGUCUGGGGUCACUUAGUUCUCUAAAAUUAUCUCAUUGCCUGGCAAUCAGUCUUCUCUCGUAUACUUGUCCUAGCACAUUAUGUACAUGGAAAAUGUAAACAGAUGUGAAGGAGGACCAGGAAAAUUAGUUAAUAUUAAAAAAAAUGUAUUGUGCGUUUUGGCUUCACAUGUUUAACUUUUUUAAGAAAAAAAGUUGCAUGAAUGGAAAAAAAUCUGUAUACAGUAUCUGUAAAAUUGUCUUAACCUGUUUCAAUUUCUUGCUCAUUCCCCAUUCAAACUAGGAUUAAAUAUGGUGCAUGGCCAUAUUCAAACACUUAAGAGUCAAGCAGCUGAUACUUUUGUUUGAAGCACCUCAUUCUUUCUUUCCAAGCGAACACUAUCAUAUUGCAUUCUUACUGAGGAUUUUGCCUAACCAUACGUUGCCAUGAAUUAACUCUACCACCUUUCUUCUCGAGUAUCAAAACCAGUUUGAUUUGGGAAUCUUCCCCUUUCCAAAUGAAAUAGAGAUGCAGUACUUAACUUUCUUGGUGUUUGUAGAUCUUGCCUUGUGUAUUCCAUUUACAGCCGUAAUCUAGUUUGUAAACAAGAUGGUGACGCAUGUAAAUAAAGCAUCAGUGACACUCUGUCUCACUCCAA